AGCUAAGAUAAAGGCACCCGGCCCGCACCUCGCUUCUCCGUCUCUGCUUUGGAGCUUUUUUCUGUCAGCCUCCUUAGCUCGGCUCUUCUCUUCCCCGGCGGCUCGACUCUUAGCAUCUCCGGCUCGGCGCAAUGGCUAACAUGGAAGCUUUCUUAGGCAAAUGGAGCCUGGUCUCCAGUGAAGGUUUUGAGGAUUAUAUGAAAGAAUUAGGGGUAGGUAUGGCAAUGAGAAAGAUGGGAAAUAUGGCCAAGCCAGAUAUUAUCAUCAGCAAGAAUGGCGAUACUUUCACAGUCAGAACUGAAAGCACUUUCAAGACCUCAGAAUUCAGCUUCAAGUUAGAUGAAAAAUUUGAUGAAAACACGAUAGAUGGUCGAAAAACUCAGACCCUCAUCAGUUUAAAUGACAACAAUGUGUUAACCCAGACCCAGCAGUGGGAUGGCAAAGAAACCACAAUAACAAGGAAGAUAGAUGAUGGGAAACUGAUAGUUGAAUGUGACUUCAAUGGUGUCAAAUGUACUCGUGUUUAUAAAAAACUAUGAAGAGCUUGAUGUCUAUGUUGGAGAGUGGCAGAUCAUUCUCGAAAGAGGACUAGUCCAUAUUUUUUUCUUUUUUCUUCUUCUUUCUAAACUAGAUUUUUUAAAAGAAAAACCCAUCAUGUGCAAGAAACAGUGUUGUAUGCAAUUUAAAGUCCUUGAUGACAAUGGUUAAAUUUUAAAAAUUCUAAGAGAUUGUAACUGUGUUAUUAUUUGUGAAAUAUUCCCUUCGCCCUUUUAAGAAAGUUUAGGAAAUUGAAAUUAGAUAAAUAAAAUAGUAGGAAAAGUGUCAAAAUAUAUUGAAAAAUGUAUGCUGGGCACAGAUAUAAUGUGAAUUAAUGCAUUAUUCCCUGAAAGCAGACCUCAUUAGUAAUAUUAAUACACUGCACUAAGCAAGAGCCUUGGUGGCGCAGCAGACUAAAGUGCUGUUAAGUAGCACCAGUUGCCUGCAAUCACUGCAAGUUCAAAUCUCACCAGGCUCAAGGUUGACUCAGCCUUCCAUUCUUUCGAGGUAGGUAAAAUGAGGACCCAGAUUGUGGGGGCAAUCAGCUGACUUUGUAUAAAAAGGCCAAAAGCCCUACUAAGCAGGUAUAUACAAAAGUAUGAACACUAUUGCUUAAUGCAUUGUAAGCCGCCCUGAAUUUCCGGAGAAGGGCAGCAUAUAAAUCAAACCAAUAAAUAAAUAAAUAAAUGAA